AUGCCUCUCAAUCCAAUAAGAACAGUCACAAAAAUUGAUUUAUCGACACCGGGUGACUUGCAACCACAAGUACACAAUAGGUGGCAUCCUGAAGUUCCUUUUACAGAGACAAUCGUUCCUGGAGAGACAGUCAAAAUCGAGUGUUUAGACUGGACAGGAAACCAAAUUGGCAAUAACGACUCGGCAGAUGACUUGUUAAAUGUCGACUUGACCAGAAUUCAUUAUCUUUCAGGUCCAUUUAAUAUUCAAGGUGCGGAGCCUGGGGACUGUUUAGUGGUUGAAAUUAAGGACGUCCAGCCAUUGGAAAGACAUCCAUGGGGUUACUGUGGCAUAUUUCACAGGUCAAAUGGAGGUGGAUUUUUGGAUAAGUUUUAUCCAGAGUGUGCUAAAGCUAUAUUUGACUUUGAAGGUAUUCAUGCAACAUCAAGGCAUAUUCCACAUGUUAAAUUUACAGGCCUUAUACACCCUGGUAUCAUGGGAACAGCUCCGUCAAGUGAUGUUCUUAAGGAAUGGAACUUGAGGGAAGGAAAAUUGAAAGAUGAGAUUCAACACCAACACUUCACGUCGGUAGCCAAUUUGCCAGAAUCAGUCAACGCUCAUGGUGGUAAGGCGACGGGAGAGUUGUUAGAAAAAAUUGCUAAAGAGGGAGCUCGAACUAUUCCAGGAAGGCCAGAAAAUGGAGGGAACUGUGACAUAAAGAAUUUAUCUAGAGGUUCAAAAUGUUAUUUUCCCGUGUAUGUUCCUGGAGCGAAGUUUUCUAUUGGGGAUUUGCACUUUUCUCAAGGUGAUGGUGAGAUUUCAUUUUGCGGGGCAAUAGAAAUGCCUGGGGUUAUAACAAUCCAAACAUCGCUUAUUAAGAAUGGAAUUGAGAAAUUACUGCUCCAGUCGCCAAUAUAUGUCCCAGGAGACGUUCAAAAUCACUAUGGUCCCUCGAGAUACUUGACAUUCGAAGGAUUUUCAGUAAACGAAGAAGGAGGCCAAGAAUUCCUUUGCGCAACAACUGCUUACAGGCAGGCUUGUAUUCGAGCAGUGGAAUACUUGAGGCGUUAUGGAUAUAAUGACUAUCAGAUCUACUUACUCCUCUCUAGUGCUCCUAUUGAAGGACAUGUCGCAGGAAUUGUAGACGUCCCGAAUGCUUGUACCACAAUAGGAAUACCCAUGGACAUUUUUGACUUUGAUAUAAGACCUGAAGCUGAGCCUCAGAAGCUUGAUAUGGGCAACUGUGCGUUUGUGACUAACUACAAGCACGAGACCACAUUUGACUUUAAAUCUUUAAAGAGAUAA